UAUCCGGUUCAAAGGCUCUCAACGUGGGUCACUACUGUUUUCAACGUGUGCCCCUAGUAGAAAUAAUAAAAGGAUACUUAUAGAGCUAAAUAAAGAAACAACACACAGUGACAAUGGGGGAAUUCAAAGUGCACCGGGUGCGGUUCUUCGACUACAUGCCCAGUGCCAUCAGUGCCAUGGCAUUCAACGUGCACACAGAGAGACUCGCGGUGGCUCGUGCUGACGGGACAGUAGAGAUCUACAACUUCGCAGACAACUGCUUUCAAGAAAAGGUGAUCCCGGGGAAGGAUGGCAGGACAGUCGAGGCACUCUGCUGGGCUGGGCAGCGUCUGUUCAGUACAGGUCUCAAUGGAGAGAUUGUGGAGUAUGACCUGGAGAACCUGAGGUCGAAGUACACCGUGGAAGCGUACGGAGGACCAGUCUGGACUAUCAGCAGCAACAGUCAGGGGACACAACUUGCGGUCGGUUGUGAGGAUGGGACAGUGAAAAUCUUUGAACUUGUGGAAGACAGUAUUCAGUUUCAAAGUAACUUCGACAGACUGAAAAGUCGUGUCCUAUCUCUUUCAUGGCAUCCAUCUGGCACACAAAUUGCUGCUGGCACCAUGGACAUGAUCCGUGUGUUUAACGUCACCACAGGCCACGCCACUCAAAGGAUGAUGGUGGAUAGGGCUGCGGGGGCCAAUAAGAAGAAAGAAGUGGCGGUCUGGAGCGUGGUCUUCCUGUCCGACAACACGGUCAUCAGCGGAGACUCUGCCGGGAAGGUCCAGGUGUGGGACAGCCAGAUGGGCACGCUGAUCCGCACCCACCUGGUGACCAAGUGGGACGUCAUGGCGCUGGCAGUCUCCCGGGACGAGAGCAGCCUGCUGGCGGGCACGUCGGAGGGCAGCGUGGUCCAGUUCCAGUUCAUCUCGGCCCGCCUGGAUCAGCCCGACAAGGAGUGGCAGCGCACCCGAACCCUGAGGAGCCACUCGCACGACGUCCGGGCCCUGGUCCACACGGACACCGCCGCCGUCUCAGGAGGAAAUGAUGCGCAUCUGGUAGUCCGACCUUUUAUGGAGAAAGUUGUUAAGGGUAGCAAGGAAUCUGCGCCGUGCAAAAUCACCUUCCCACAUAGAAGCCUGGUGUCGUGUGGGAAGAAGGCAGGAAUUUUGCUCUUCCAGUUUCCUGAACGCUUGGAGGUCUGGAGACUCGGUGAAAGCAACGAAAACGGGAUACCAGGAGAGGAGCUAUCUGUGACAAAGAAACCCGAGGCACUGAUUCACCUGAAGAGAAAGGGCGAUGAUCACAUUUGCUGCAGUACUCUGUCUCCAUGUGGAGGCUGGCUGGCCUACGCCUCUGCCUCCAGCGUCCGUCUCUUCCAACUCCAGUAUGACAACGACAGCAUCGCCCUCACUAAGGUUAAGCUGCCGAAGGUCCUUCGCUGGGCCAACCAGCUGUGCUUCUCCGCCGACUCCUCCAGACUUUUCGCUUCCUUCAGCCAGUCAUCAGUCCUCGUCUUUGCUCUUAGCAAGUCGGAGGCCAAAUACGUGCACACCCUCAAACCCAAGUCGGUCUCUAAGCAGGCGGUUCACCUGAUGUCCACAAGCGACGACGGCCAGUGGCUAGCCACCGCCAACUCUGACUGUGAGGUCCACGUCUACAACCUCAAAAAACUCAAGUACCACUGUACGGUCCCAGUGUACGGCUCCUGUCCUAGUGCCAUGGCCAUUCACCCAACAGGCAGUAACGUUGUCAUGGUGCACGCUGACCAGAAGAUCUUUGAGUACUCCUUGGAGCAGAAGGAGUACACCGAGUGGAGUCGCAGCCUGGCGAAAAAGGGCCUUCACGGCUCGUGGCUUAACAGGGUCGCACCCGUCACCCACGUCUCCUUCAGCGCCAGCAACCCAGACUACAUCAUCCUGCAUGACAUGAACAUGUUCUGCAUCAUUGACAAGAGUCUGCCACUUCCGGAGAAAGACUCUGACCUGUGCAAUCAAAAUCAACUACGUUCUAUGAAUGAGGCUGCAAGGGUCAAAGACAGCCAUGCUUUCAAGAUUUGUGAGAUGUUCAAGAACCUGCUCUGCGUGGGCUUGAUGGAGGACCAUUCCCUCGUCGUGGUGGAGCGCCCCCUACUGGACAUCGCCACUCGGUUACCUGCACCGGUUCGACAGAAGAAGUUUGCCACAUAGAGCGAGGUCAGAUAACCGUGCUGGUUUUCCUGGUGGCAUCGGAGCCCUGUCAAUACUGCUCGCAGCCGAUAUCAGUCAUUUCUGGGGGGGUCCUAAAAGCUGUUGGCAAGGUCAAGCGAGGCCGGUGGCUAUUGUCCUAUUUAGUAUGUGUAUAUUGAAUGCAGUCAUGGUGGCAGACGUGGACACUUGCUGAAAGAAAAGCCCAAUAACAAGGACUUCAAUGGUGUUUUUAAUCAGAACAAAGAUAUGUGUUGUUUCACAUACUAGCCCGGGCUGAGUCCAAAUUUUCUCUUUACUUUUCAUUCAGGUUCUAUAUCACGGACAUCUAAUGUGUAGGGCCAUAAGAUGCCCCCAUGAGUGCAUCUCAAACAAGGCCUGACUUUGGGACUGGGCAGAUUGAGUUACACACAACAGUUGAUUACGAGGAUGUUUUAAUAGAGGUUAUUGAAGUCGACUCAAUACUAGCGAUUUUAUGCUACCGGUGUCCCAAACUCCCACUCCCAUGCUUUGUAAAGAUUUCUAAUGUAAUAAAUAUAACUAUUUCCA